AUGAAUGUUCCAUUACAGGACGGAAACAUGUCGUGGAUCAAUCAGCUCACGUCUCAAAUUCAGAAUUUUGCGCACGGUCUCGACCAAGAUGGCAAUCCGACGCCUGGGAAUGCGUUGCCAUCUGACGCACCCAUCGACGUCAAGGCUCUCCUGGAAGAGCGAUCUCGGCUCCAGGAUUCUCUGCUGCAGCUCGAUUCGCAGUAUCAGGAAGAGCGAAGUGAGAUGAUUUUUAUCAGGGACGAACUUCAGGCCAAACUUCAACGAGCCGAAGCAGAACUCAACGUUCUGCGGAAAGGCGGUGCCCCAGCCGCCGAUCACGAAGUCGAUCUCGAAGACAAUUGGGACGACGAUUGGGGCGACGGAGGGAGCACCAAACAGAAGCUCGAUGAGAGCUCUCAUGAGGUCGUCGAGCUGCAGAAGUCUCUGGACGAAGCUCAACGACAACUGUCGUCCGUGACAGAAUUGAAGAUCGAAAUCGACAGCUUGAAGCACGAGAACGUUCUGCUGAAGAACAAACUCGAUGCCAUGCAGGAGGAGAAUGAAAUGCUCGAGAACGAACUGGAGUCGCGGGGCUCAGCUGGAGUCCCAGCUCAGGCUCCAGCCGAGCCCGCGGCGCAACCCGGGUACGACUAUGAGGGUUUUUGUAAAGACGUAGUUUCGACGCUUCUGGGCGAAAGUGAUCUCAGCGCCGGGAGAAUCGAAGAAGCUCGUGAAGGUCUGAAGCAGCUGUCUUCAAAAGUUCAGAGGUUCGAGGAGAGGACUGUUUCUGUCGCAGAAAGCCUCGAGCAGAUGGAAGAUCAACGGAAGGCUAUCUUGGCGGAAAAAUCAGCCCUCGAGAACGAGCUCCAGCGACUGUCCGAGGUUGAGGGCGAACUGAGGCAAGUACGAAGUCAAUUGAAGAAAGCCACGGACGAUAAAUCGUCCCUGUCAACCAAGAUCGAGAGAACGAUGAGGAGUCAAGCCGAACUCGAAGCUCAAAUCGCCGAGCUCAGCAAGAACUCGGAAACGACAGUGGAUUCUUCUCGCGUAACUGAGUUGGAAGCCCUGUUGGAGAAGGAGAGAGAGUCUAGACGAAUUAUCGAAUCUGAGUUCGAGUCAUUCAAGGAUAACGCGAGAGCCGAAGCGGAGAAACUGGUCGCAGAGACCAAAUCGCGGGCGGAGGAGGCUCUCGCAGAGAUGAGGUCCGAGGCUCUACGGAGCGAGAAUGCCAGACAAGCUCUCCUGGAGGAAAAUCAAAACCUGAAGUUGUAUAUCUCAGAACUCAAGGAUCAAAACAGUGGAGAUGCAGCCGAAUGCGGUCGUCUCCGCGAGCAGAUCCGGAACCAGGAAUGUGGAAUCCAAGAACUCCGAGCCGAGCUUGACAAGUCGAAGAAAGAAUUGAUCGAGUGCCAGAUGAAAAUUAUCAAUCUCGAGGGCUCCCCCAGUCGAGGCUUGACCCCUCCCGCCGAGGCCGCUACUGCGGAGGAGAUCGCGUCGCUCAAACAGCGAUUGGAGACCAGCGAGCAGGAGCUCGAUCUCCUCCGGCAUAGUAGAGACAGUGUUGUCAACGAGUUGGAGACGGCCGAGAAUUAUAAGCAGCAGCUCUUGGCCCAGAUCACCAGCUUGCAGCAGGAGGCUGAGGCUAUGAAAAUCGUGAAAGUAUCCCGCGAUCAGAGUUUGGAGCAGUUGGCGAAUGAGAAGAAGCAGAUGCUGACCGUUCUCAACGAGAAGGCUCGGGAGAAUGCCGAGCUCCAGUCGAAACUCGGUGUGUUGAUGCAAGCCAUCAGCGAUGAGAAACUAGCUCGGACUAAGUGGGAGCAACAGCUCGCGGAAUAUCAGCAAAGAGUCAGGGAAGAACAGGAGAGUUCGGAGCUCCCUCCCUCGCUGCUCCCGAUCAUGAUCUCAGAGCUCAAAAUCGUUGAUUUCCAGAUCUCAAACUUAGAGAACGAGAUCCAGAAUAUCUCUCGAACGCUCGCGCACAAAAACGAGGAAAACAAUGAACUUCGUCAAAGAAUCCAGAGACUCCUCGACAACGAAACGAAAAUGAAACUAGAAAUCCAGAGGCUCACGACUCAUCUUGUCGAAGUCGAAGAGACGUAUACCAGAGAAGCCGUCUCGUCCGAGCAACGGACGAAGGCACUUCAGCAAAGGCUAACCGUCCUCGAGGAAAGCGCACGAAGUACCGAUUCUUCGGCGCAGGCGAUAACAGCGCAAGCCUCUCAAAGAGCCGAGAUGCUCGAAGCGGAGUUGGUCCAAGCUUUAAGCCAAAGGGACGAGGCCUUGGAUCAGGUCUCUACGCUGGAGGAUCAAAUUCAACAAAGUGCCGUCAGUCUGGCGAGUCUUCAGCUUGUCCUAGAACACAUGCAAACAGAGAAAGAUAACGGGACGAAGUCCAUGAGGAAGCACACCGAAUCCGAACUGAAGAAACUGAGCGAUCGUAUAAUCGAAUUGGAGGCCGCUCUCAACGCCAAAGACGAGACACUGAAUAACAUGAGUGAGACCGUCAAGGCCACGUCGAAGCUGAGCCAGCAGCUCCAGGACAAGAACACGGCUCUGAGCAGAAUACAGCUGAAAUUGAACGAGAAGGAGCAAGAGCUUCAGAGGGCCUUGGAGAAAUGCCGGAAAUCCGGUGGCACCGACGAUCGCGUCGACAAGCAACUCAUCAAGAACAUGUUACUUGGAUAUUUCACCGCCGCGCCCGAUAAAAAGGCGGACGUCAUGCGAUGCAUCACCGGGUAUCUCGAGUUCUCGGAGGACGAAAACCGUCGAAUAUCCUCGAGUGGGCCCAGGGGACUUUUUGGUAUCUUUGGGAGCUCUCCACCAGCGAGUCAGGACGCCAACGACUCCUUCACGAAUCAGCUGAUUGCCUACAUCGAAAAAGAGUCCACUCCGUCGACGCCCCUGAAGCUACCCACAGAGGCGGCCUCGGAUCGCUUACGCAAAGUUUCCUCCUCUUCGUGUCCCCCUGAACACCUCCAACGCCAGCAGAGCGCCUCGCCGUUCCGGCCAGACAACCCGUUAUUCAACCAUCUACCGACAUCACCAAUCGCCCCCUCGUCCACCAGCAGCCAAGCUUCAACGACCUCGGAACCUGAAGCCCUCCGAGAACUUUUGUCGCAGCCGAACGCGCCGUCUUGAAUUGCGCGGCCGAUGCAC